AUGAGUUCCUUCAUAAUGGGUUAUCAUCCACAUGCACCGCAUCAUGUCCAGAGUUCCAUGGGCAUGAAUAAUGGAUUAGAUCCGAAAUUCCCUCCAGUUGCUGAUGAUUAUCACCAAUACAAUAGCCAUUAUUCGAUGACGGCCUCAACGGGUCAUAUGGUACCGGGUAAUGGUGGUGCGGUUUGUAUGCCACCAACACAUCCUCAUGCAACACACCCGGCGGAUAUGGUCAGUGAUUAUAUGGCUGCGGCGGCACAUCAUCAUGCGGCCAGUACCCAUCCACAUCAUCCGCCACCACCACAUUCCCAUGCCCACACCAACAAUGGCCUAACGAGUCAUCAUCAAAAUUCUGCCUAUUCAAAUUAUGCCUCAACAGCAGCGACAACACAUCAUCCUCACCCGCAUCAUGGACAUCAUCAAAAUCUCGGGUAUUAUGGUCAUCAUGCAGCAGCGGCGGCGGCUGCUGCCGUUGGAGUCCAUCAUACACCGGACUAUAUGACAUCCGCUGGUGGUUUACACUCCGAUCCAUCGGUUACAUCACUAGGAUCUUCAAAUCUAUAUGCCCCCGCAAUUACAUCUCCCAGUGGUGGAGCGGGAGGAAAUGGUACAACGGCAAUUACCUCAAGUGGUUAUUACAAUAGUUAUUAUGGUACAAAUGGUAGUGUGGGUAGUACUCAUUCUCAGGGUCACUCGCCACAUUCACAGAUGAUGGAUAUGCCGCUGCAAUGUUCGUCAACGGAGCCGCCAAGUAAUACGGCACUGGGAUUACAAGAGUUGGGUUUAAAAUUGGAAAAACGCAUCGAAGAAGCUGUACCUGCUGGACAACAAUUACAAGAACUCGGUAUGCGUUUACGCUGUGAUGAUGAUGGUUCGGAAAAUGAUGAUAUGCUGGAAGAGGAUCGCUUAAUGUUGGAUCGUUCACCCGAUGAACUUUGUUCGCCGGGUUUAGAUGAUGACUUGGGUGAUGAUUGUAGCGAUGAUGAUAUGAUGUUGGGCGAAACAACAGAUGGCGAACGGAUAAUCUAUCCAUGGAUGAAGAAAAUUCAUGUGGCCGGUGUUGCAAAUGGCUCAUAUCAACCCGGCAUGGAACCGAAACGUCAACGCACCGCCUACACACGCCACCAAAUCCUCGAACUGGAAAAGGAAUUCCAUUAUAAUCGUUAUUUGACACGUCGCCGACGCAUCGAAAUUGCCCACACGUUAGUGCUGUCCGAAAGACAAAUUAAGAUUUGGUUCCAAAAUCGACGUAUGAAAUGGAAAAAGGAUAAUAAAUUACCCAACACCAAGAACGUACGCAAAAAGGUCGAUGCUAAUGGUAAUCCAAUAGCACCAGUUGCCAAGAAACCAAAGAGAGUUAGUGCUAAGAAGCAGGCGCAACAGCAACAACAACAACAGCAGCAGCAACAACAACAGUCACAACAAAAUUCACAACAGCCUGUGAUAAAUGAGUGUUUGCGCACAGACAGCAUGGAAAGUAUGGGCGAUGUAAAUGGUUCGUUAAAUAAUCCACCCUAUAUACCAGCUGCUGGUGAUAGUGCAAAUUUAAUGAACCCCCAACAAACAAAUGCAUAAUUCUCGAUAUUUCAAUAAAGUUUUAAAACGGACCGUUUUUUAUUGUUAAAAUAAAACGAAAAAAAAAUUAAUAAUAAUAAA